AUGACGUCGUGGCAGAUAAUUUCCGGCUACGGGAACAGCUUCCGGUGGGAAAUCACCGGCCAAGACUUCGGAGCCGAACCCGAAGACGAACGGAGUGAUUUUCCCCAAUCUCAUGUACAGAAAGCGUACAACUCGAGCUCGCGUCUUUCUUCAAUGACUGACCUUUUGCUUCAAGGAUGUUCGAAGCUUCUGGAGGAUGAUAAUGAUGAAGAUGUCGAGAAAACUCCGUUGUUCAAAACUGGACUGGGAAGAUUUGUUCCGGUGAAACAGUCUUCCAUUACCAAGGCAUUGUCGGUUCUUGGCGACGAUUCUGUAACUGAUACAGGUCAAAUUCAAGCUAGGGAUAAUGUAUGUGAUUUCCCUAAUUCCCUUUUCCAGACGGGCUCUGGGAAAAAGGUUAAUAUUUCUUCAGAUGGUCUAGCCAGAGCAAAGACCUUGUUGGGAUUGGUCGAAGAGAGUGACCCUUGCAAUUUUCAGGGUUUUCGAAAUUCGAGGAAGUCAUCUAAUAUUGACUCUAGUUUUGGGUGGCCAAACAUAUCUAAUUUUGAAAAAGGAGAGGGUGUCAAUCAUUUUGGAACUGUGCACAGUGCCUCAGGUCCAAGAUCUUCGCCAAUUUGUAGGACUGAUAUAGGUCACAGUAGAUUCGGAAACGAAGCAAAGCAACCCACACACUCCAGAAUGCCUAAUUCAGCUACUACACCGUCCCCAAUUAAGUUCCAGACAGCGGGUGGAAGAUCCAUAUCUGUCUCAAGUGAUGCACUUCAACAUGCAAGGAGUCUUCUUGGUGAUCCAGAGUUGGGAACUUUAUUGGACACGGGGAAUGCAGAUGAUUUGGAACUUCCAUUUUCAAAAAAUAAAGGAUUGGAUAAUUCUUCAUCAAAUAAGGAAAAUGAUCCUCGGAGUUGUUUAUCCCAUCAGGAAAUGGCAAAGAGCAAACUCAUGUCUAAGAGCUUCAUAUCUCCAAUGCGAUCAUCUUCCAAAAGAAUGCACUCAUCAGGAAACUCACAGAUUAUAAAUUCGGGAAUUAACUUGAUUAGACAAUUUGAUGAAGUUAGCCAGGAUGAUGUUUGCAGGUUGAGCAGAAACCUCACGUGUCAACAGGAGCGCUCAAGCAAUGGACUAUGUGUACCCAACACAAUGGUAGAUAACUCUUUGGCAAAUGGUAUUGAUUUAAGGAAAAAUCUUGUUGGAAGAUCGCCAAGCCGGCAAUUGGUUGACAUAUCAAAUACCAUUGGCACAGCUGCUGCAAAUAAUAGGCAGGCAACUAAUGAAAAGAGGAGAAUCAUAAGAACUUCUGUAUCUCCGUUCAAGAAGCCCCGAAGUUCCAAAUUCUAUACCCCUGUGAAAAGCAAUUUCUCUUUUGUUCCUAGUGGUUCGUCUAAUUUUUCCCCAGAACAUUGUUGUUCUAAAGGAAGGGUUUCCACUAGAUAUCCUUUCCCAGGAACAAGAAUCUACGUCAAGGAAUAUUUUGGAGUGCCUCCGUUAGACCACAAUAAGUUGGCACAUUCCUCAGACCAGUACAGGUGGAUAAGAUCAGGUAAUGCCGAAAGUUACACCUUCCCUGACGAUUCUGGUGUAAGAUACAUAGGAGCAGAAGAUUUCUUCCACAUGCUGAUUCGUUCUGGAGCUUCUGAGCAAUAUGCUUCCAAGGAGUGGGUAAAAAAUCACUACAGGUGGAUCAUUUGGAAACUAGCAUGCUAUGAGAGAUGCUAUCCAACUAAAGCAGCUGGAAAAAUUCUGUCAGUUUCCAAUGUGCUCGAGGAAUUGAAGUAUAGGUAUGAAAGAGAAGUGAAUCAUGGGCACCGUUCUGCAAUUAAAAGAAUACUUGAAGGCGAUGCUUCCCCUAAUUCAAUGAUGGUUCUAUGUAUAUCAGCAAUUUGUUUAAAUUAUGAACAUAAGCUUGAGGUUAGCUCUUUUGCACAAGGUGAUGCUGAAAAUCAUACUGCUGCUGCUGCAAAAGUCGAACUAACUGAUGGCUGGUAUUCAAUUGAUGCUCUUUUGGAUGUAUUGCUGUUAAAGCAGCUUGCUUCAGGGAAGUUGUUCGUUGGACAGAAACUUCGGAUUUGGGGAGCAGGAUUAAGUGGCUGGAUUGCGCCUGUUUCACCACUUGAGGUGCCAAGAACAGUUAAUUUAAUGCUGCACAUAAAUGGAACGUAUAGAGCUCAUUGGGCUGAUAGACUUGGAUUCUGUAAGGGUGUUGGUGUUCCUUUAGCAUUUAAAUGCAUCAAAAGCAAUGGGGGUCCUGUCCCGCUGACUUUGGUUGGAAUAACACGCAUAUACCCUCUUCUGUACAAGGAAAGGUUAAGUGAUGGAAGAUCAAUUGUGAGAUCAGAGAGGUUAGAAACUAAAGUUGUGCAAUCAUACAACGAGAGACGCUCUGUUAUUAUAGAGAGCAUUGUUUCUGACUUCCAGAGGGGGACGAAAUAUUCACAUAUCUAUAAUGAUAGUGAUAGUGAAGACGGGGCAAAAAUUUGGAAGAUACUGGAGAAAGCUUCUCAGCCCGAAGUUUUAUUGGCAGAGAUGAGUCCUGAUCAAAUAAGUUCCUUUGCAAAAUAUCAAGCAAACAUGGAGGCAAUCAGGCAGUCAGACAUGGAGAAGUCAAUUGAGAAAGCGUUGGAAAAUGCUGGCCUUGGUAAGAGAGAAGUCAUCCCAUUUAUGAGGCUGAGGGUUGUCGGUCUAACUAGUAAAACGUAUCAAGGAAAGGACAGUCCUAAAGAAGGGUUAACAACAAUCUGGAACCCAACGGAAAAACAGCAAAGUGAGCUGAUUGAGGGGAAAGCAUACAAUGUUUCAGGGCUUAUGCCAGUCAGUGCAGAUCCUGAUACUAUUUAUCUGCAAGCAAGAGCCACCUCCUGGAAACCUCUCUCUCUGCAAGCAGUAGAACAUUUCACGCCAUUCUUUACUCCUUGCAAAUCAGUGCCAUUGUCAAAUUUUGGAGCAGUUCCUCUUUCCAGAGAAUUUGAUAUUGCUGCAUUUGUCGUCUAUGUUGGGGAGGUUUACAAAGAUGCUCAUCAAAAGAAACAGUGGGUGUUUGUGACAGAUAGCUCCAUUACUGAGUUACAGUCAAAAGAAUUUUCUGAUUGUUUGCUUGCCAUCUGCUUCUGUUCACCAUGCAUGGAUGAUGAAUCCUUUGUACCAUUUAACUUUAACCUCGAAGGAUCAACAGUGGGCUUCCGUAAUCUCAUAAAGAGAGCAAAAGACCAAGUGAAUCGUCUCUGGGUAGCUGAAGCUUCUGAAAACUCGACUUAUUUCUUGAGUUUUGACACUCCACAUUCCUCUCAUUUAAAAAAUGCGGCUGUCUCUGCUCAAAGAUGGGGAACAUUCUCUCACUUGAUCGUGGAUAAGCUUAAGGAGAAGAUAUUAUUUAUCAUUGGUGAUGGUAAAGCCUAAUGGAGAAAAUAACCAA